CACGCCUAGCAGUGCUCACUCCUCUGGUGUUUGUUUUUGUUUGGGAAUUCCCCAACGUAGUGAAGAUCUGUGUCUACAACAUUAUUUUUGUUCGACCGCAACCGGAGAGGUUAUCAGUAGUACAGCAUGGGUCGGGUAGGGUGCUACGCAAUCGCGUUGAUACCGUUGUGCCUUUUGCUGGUGGUAGAUUUGAGUUUAACGCAAAGCUGUGGCACAAGAAAGGUGGUCAACUUUCUUAUUGUGAACGGUACCGAAGCGAAGGAUGGCUAUUGGCCAUGGCAUGUGGCCAUUUUUCACAACAAUGCUCGAACGUUCGUUUAUGCGUGUGGAGGAACAAUUGUCGACCAGAAUACAAUUCUAACGGCGGCUCACUGCUUGAUGACGUCGAAUGAGAUCAUUGCAAGAGAGCGCCUCGUAGUGCAAGUUGGACGUAAUCGAUUACGCGUUGAUAGCAACCGCGCACAAGAGCACGAAGCGUUCCAGUUAAUUGUGCAUCCGCAAUACAACGUCAACAGUAUUCAACACGAUAUCGCACUUAUUAAGCUCGCCACCGACAUCACCUACACCGACUACAUCCAACCGAUUUGCUUGUGGAAUCGAAGCGAUGAUCUGCGCUUGAUCGAAGGCUCUUGGGGUACGGUGAUCGGAUUCGGUGUUGAUGAGACCGAUGAGGUUUCCGACACAUUGCGUGAAAUAACAAUUCCCAUCGUUAGCCAUUUCACCUGCAUCGAAAGCAACCGAGGAUUGUUUGGCUCACAGCUUACCUCGAAUAUGUUCUGUGCUGGUAAACGUGAUGGCAUCAGUGCCUGUAACGGCGACAGCGGAGGAGGUUUAUUCUUCAAGUACAACGAUGUCUGGUUCGUUCGUGGCGUAGUGUCUUUUACGAAGCCUCGUCAAAAUACGCGUUUAUGUGACACGAACGAAUACACCGUGUUCACCGAUGUGGCGAAGUACUUGAGCUGGAUUGGGCAACACGUUCGAGGAAUUGGUGAUCAACCGGAGAAAAAACGUCACGUCAACGAGUUGCUAAACUGGCCAAAAAUCAAAAAGAUCAGUGCUAUCCACGUGAAUGCGUUAAUAGAAGGUUUCGAGCGUCACACCAAGCUGCUAGAGCAGUUAGGUGAAGGGCCAGAGUUGUGGGGUGUGCUAUUAGUCCAACUGCUCGUGUCGAAGCUCGAUGAUACAACCCAGCGCGAAUGGGAACGUUCGGUUGAGGAAAAAGGCAGCACGGAUUAUACGACUACCAGAGUGUUACAACAAUUGGCUGAAGACGAAGGAGAAGCGUUGCCUUUCGGAAAGCGGGCACUGCUCGAAAACUUUUACGUGGACGAUUACAUAGGAGGUGCUGACGACGAAAACCAAGCCUUGCGGCUGAACAUUAUACCAACACUACCGAUGUCCACCUGUGGUCCCAAUCCGUAUGCCAGUCGCGAUGAAUUUUCCAAGCCAAUUCUGCAGGGAUACCCUUGGAUGGGAUUGCUGGAGGCAACAAUUCCGUCACAGAAUGAACCACAUACGUUUUGUCAGGCGAUAUUAAUUAGUGAUCGCUAUGUAAUAACUGCCGGAACUUGCGGAUUACUUAUACUUGACAAUUUGCUUUUGAUGACCAAUUUUCAUUGCAGAUCGUUCGUACGGCUGGGAGAGUACGACAGAAACAACGAAAGCGAUUGUGCACAAGUGGAUGGACGAAUGGUAUGUUCGCCACCAGUUCAAAUACUACGCAUUGAGUCGGUGAUCACGCACAAGGAGUUAAUCUCAUUUGAUAAAGACAACGAUAUUGCACUUAUUCGACUGCGCGACCGAGCGGACACUAGUCAGAGCAGUGUGAGGCCAAUCUGCCUGCCAGUGACGAAUGAGCUGCGCAGUCAAAAAUCAACCCACUACCUUUCCACUUCAUGGCCGUGCUUUUUCUUUAAGCAACAGCCUUUGCUCCAAAGAUCGCUACUCGAGUUUGUCAAAUUGAGCGAAUGUCAGCAGGAGUACGAAAAAGUUAAUAUUAGUAUAACGACACGCCACAUGUGUACAAAAUAUAGUCAAGAAUCAUGUGAGAAAAGAUGUAGAGGGACCCCACUGCAACUUGUGCAGGAAGUACAAGGAGAAAGUCGUUAUGUACUGUAUGGAAUACUUUCUUUACGGUAUUACGAUUGCCCUUUGAAUAUACCGGCAGUAUUCACAAACGUAGCAAGCUACGUAGAUUGGAUUCUAGAAAACAUAGAAGAGUAG